AUGACAGCCGAUAUUCGACUAUACAGAUUAAAGAGGAGAUGUUGGCCCUUUUGCUGGCAUCCUCCCACCAUGUUCAACCUGAUGAGCAACUGCUGCAGCUGGAUCUCCAAGCUGCAGGAACCAGUCAGGAAAGUCACUCUGCUCGUGGUGGGUCUUGACAAUGCAGGCAAAACAUCCACAGUGAAUGGGAUCCUGAAAGAACCCCCAGGGGACAAUGCACCCACUGUGGGCAUGGCCAGGACUGAGCUGAAGGUGGACCAGUUCGAGGUGGUGCUGGUGGAGCUAGGAGAGGGGGUGCAGGCGUGGGGGCUCUGGAAGCAGCACUGCGGAGAGGCUCAUGGGAUUGUCUUUGUGGUGGAUUCGAGCGACAGCCAGAGGAUCAGAGAGGCUAGGGAUCUGCUGACAGACAUGCUGAGGCACCCAAAGGUGUCAAGGAAGCCCCUACUGGUGCCUGCUAACAAGCAGGACAAAGCCAGCGCCAUGCUGGAGAGCGAGUUCAUUGAAGUGCUGUCCCUGGAGAGGCUGGUGAACGAGAGUCAGACGCUCUGCCACAUUGAACCGUGCUCUGCCAUUGCGGAUGUGUGGUGCUGGUCGGACAGGAAUAGGCUGAAGGGACUGCGCUGGCUGCUGCGUGCGGUCACCCUGGACUACAGCGAGCUGUGUGCGCGCGUGACGAGAGACACUGCCCAGCCGGUGGGCUGGGAGGAGGAAGAGCGCAGCAGGAAGAGCCAGCGAGGGCGCAGCAAGCCCAAGGAUGACGGAGUUCAAGACAGCCAAACUGAACUUCCCAUGGCAGACAAUUCCCAGCAGUGGGGGUACAAGCCCUUGCCCAGUGGAAAACUGCAGCCCAUUCGCACCAUCAUUAAAAAGAAGGUGCAGAUAGAGGACGCGGAGGAGAAUGAGAACGAUCUGCAAGAACACCCGGAUCAGAGCUGGCGGAAAGAAACGAAAGCCAGCGGGGCUACCGACUCUGUGUUGCAUAGCAACAGGGGGGGUGAAGUGCUCAGAAAGAGCCCAAAAAACAGCGAAGACUUUCACGAGCAAUCACACCGACUGAAAAAACUACAAAAGAAGAAGAGAAGGACAACAAAAAAUAAAAAUAAAAUAAAUACUGAGGAGACCCCAACACACCCACAGCCUGUGGACCUUUCUGCGACAUUUGAUCUCUACCGAAAAGCUAUAUUGUCCCUCAAAGCCAGACAAGAACAGAAUCAACGAGAAGGGAACAUCACUUAAAACUUAUCUCAGCAGCCUUGCCCUGCUGCUGUCCCUGCUUCCAGCC